AUGAGCUAUUCCGAUGAACUGCCGGAAGCCUCUGUUUCCAAUCUUCGCCUUGACAUUGGUGAGCUAGCGGAGACCCUGACUUACGAUACAAGCUGGCCUCGCCCGAACGAGGAGGUAGAAAUCGACCUAGCUACUGUUCUCACUUACAGUGACCCGCGUGCUAGUAAAGAUGAUACCUAG